UACAUCUUAUAUAUUUGAAAUGUGCCCUGAAGGGGUUGGGGAUUUAGCUCAGUGGUAGAGCGCUUGCUUAGCAAGCUCCAGGCCCUGGGUUCAGUCCUCAGCUCCGGGGGGGGGGGGGGGGGGGAUAUGUACCCUGAAGACUCACGUGUAAAAGGCUUGGUUCCAGGGGAUAGCCCUUUGAAUUCUGAAGGUUAGCAGACAUCGUGGGUCUAGAGACAUGGCUCACUGGUUAAGAGUACUUGAUGUGUUGGCUGAGGACUCAGGUUCAUGUCCUACCUUCCACACCCUGAUUUGUCAUCUGCAGCUCCAGUUUCGGGGCCUUCCAGAGGCUCAUUUGGACUCCACUGUACCAGGCAUGAAGCACGUGGUGCCCAGCCACACGUUCAAGCAAAACCCAUAUUCAUGAGAUAAAAAUAAAGUCUCUAUGGUACAUCCCUCCCAAGCAGUUGGCCGAAAAUAGACACGAGUUUAUAUGUUGUGUAUCUAUUCGUGUGUAUGAAGGCAAGCUUACAUUUCGAAACAGCCCAACAGUUGUGCGGUUGUGAGAAAACAGUCUAAUCUCUCUUCGCCACUUUAGGUCGUAAUGAACUUGCACACACAGGCUACAAGAAUGCCUGAUGGAUGCACAGACAGCAAGCACUCCAGUGUCCGCAGUUAUCAGCGAGUGAAAUAAUUAGAGUGGAUAGUAAAAUAUCCGGUUUUUGGAUCUUUUUUUUGCUGCUGCCGAAGGCACCAUUUUCCAGGAAAGACACCCUCGUUCUUGUCAAAUAAAUGCAAUUAUGGCUUAUCCCUCUGGAUGUUAAUGAUAUCUUGAAGGGCACGGAGGUACGCAGUUCAUGAUUGUUGCUUAACUAGUGGGAACUUUUAAAGUUCUUCAUGGGAAAAAAGUUCAGUCAAACCAAAGAAUUUUGUAAGGCAGGCCCAUUAGAGUAUUCUAGAACGUUUAGUUCACCUUCAACAGGUUAGGAACUUGUUGACUCGGUUCAAAAGCAAAGCGAAUACCUCUAAUUAGUGCGCCAUUUCCCUCAGAAGCCUAUGGCUGAACGCUUGUUAAAAGGGGGAUUUAGAAGACCCUCUGGGGAAAUCUAUUGAUUACUUGAAGAGUUAACCAGCAUUUCAGACGUCUCUUUGCAUGACUCCAAUUUGGACCAUCAAGGCAUGUUCCUCAGUGCAGAAACUGCCCUCGCAGAGCCCUCAGAACCCAAAUCUAGGGCUUCUUUCUGGGUGUCUUGACUGAGAGUUUCUACACCUGAUGCUGUUUAACCUCAGAAAACCUGUCUGUGCCAGUACGCCAAGGUAGGCCUGGUAUAUAUGUUGCUGAUUCUUUCAACAGUAGGAAAAGAAACGGGAUUUUGGCAAACUAGCGAUUGCAGACACCAGAGAUGGGCCUAUUCCACCUUAAAGGGCCUAGGCAUUCCUGGUACUUGGGUCUUGCAGAGUUUGGUUGCCACCAUAUUUGGAGCGUGCCUACUUUGGGGCGGGAACCUCCUCGGGAGUGGUUAGGUCACCGCUGGGGGAGGUGACCUUGUUUGGUUUUGGCACGGGAGAGCAGCGGUGCGCUGUUUCUGCCGCGCCCCCCGUGGGUCUGAUUGGCACGGGAGCUCCGGCUGCCCCAGCGCACGGGCGCGCCUCGCUGGCCUCCCACGGCGGCCGGCGGCCAGGCAGAGGCGGGAAAGCCGCGCGCCUGCGCCGUGGGAACCGAGGCCGGAGGCGAGAAGCGGGGAGCGGAGGGGGCCGUUGGAGCCGAGUAGCGUACAGAGCGGCGUGUGACGCGGGGACGCCGCGCGCUCCCAACGUCGCCCCGGUUUGACGCACACGGCACCAAACUGUGAGUUUCGGGGGUCUUAUUUUGGUUGGAUUAGCCCGGGCCCCGGCUGCAUUUCGGACGUCCGGGCUGAGGCGGUGGCGGGACUGAGGGUGGCGGAAGAAGUUGUGGGGGAACCCGGCCCGCGGCGCUCGGGCCCGGGGAGCUACGCCCUAGGCUGGCUCCCAACCCUCCGAAAGGACGCGUUUUGCCGCACAGGCUAAGAUGGCGGCGGUUGCCGAGGAGGCGGAGUUGCUGCUGCAGAAGAAGCCCGGGUCGCGGGGUCCGGGAGGCGGCGGUCGCGGGGGGCCGCGGAACCUUAGGUGAGCGGCGGCGGCCGCCGCGGGGCGGGACUCGGUGGCGGGCGGGGGGGCCUUUCCGCUCCGGCGGCGGAGGAUCCGGUGGCGGACACAAAGGGGCCGAGCCGGGCUCUGGACUUGGGGGGUUUUGUUUAGUCACAUGUAGCGGAGCAGCCAGUGAGCGGUAGGGGGAAGGGAGCCGCGAUCUGGAGGUCCUGGGGAGCCUUGCGGUCGCCAUUGUAACGCUCCGAGUAACGGGGCGGCCCGACAGCAGUCAGCCGGCGCCCGGUGUGCGGCUGCUCCGUCCUGGCCUGCAGCCCCGACUCUGGGGCUAACUGUCCACACCCCUCCCCUGACUUUGGGACCAGAGCACAUAGCUUUCCCCUUCUUCCCACUGGUCUGCAACAUCUUGUGCCGCUAAGUGCCUGGGAAGUAACUCCAAGAGGUACAAAAAGGAAAAAAAAAAAAAAAGGAAAAAAAAAAAGGAAAAAAAUCACGCGAAGUGUUUGGGUGGCCAAGGGGCUUGGUGGGUAUCUAGCUAAAGCUUUUUGCCUCUCCAGGUCUGAUUCCCUGGCCUUUGUGUCCCUGGGAGCUUAAUCUCUGCCAGAGGAAAGCAGGUGUGCUCCAUCCACUCCUCCCGAGAACAUGAAGAUGAGUUGCCCCAGACCCUUCCCCGUGAUUGGAAACUUAGGUGGUUUCUUGUUUCGAGACUUCCACAGACGACUCUCGUGUUGGGAUCCAUCCAUGGUUUAGCGACAUUAGUGGAAAAGUUUUCUUCAACUGUUUAAUACUGACUUAAAUGUAGUUAUAAAACUUUCAUAUUAGAUUUCAAAUAUUAUGUGAUUAAACUCAACGAGGGGAUACCCACGGCUUGUGGCCCUGAAAUGAUGAUGGUCCUGUUCUGUGCACAAGUUAAUUUCCACAGAAGUACCCCAAACACUAUCAUCUGUUGGGGCCAGCCCCAACUGAUGCCAAGUUUACUGCAUCUGGGACAUGUGCUUGGAUUUGCCUUAAUCGUGUUGUAGUUUAGUUAAUUUUGGCCCCACGAAGGAAAGUAUUUCAGAACUCAAGCAACUAUAAAGUUACCCAGAUCGAGAAAACGUGCUUCAGGGCCAUGUGCUUGAUUUAAUUUUGGAUGAGAUUAUUCUUACAUCGAGAUGUUAAUAAACCAAACUUUAGCGACAAGCCGGUGUCAGUGCUUAGCUGUAUGUAUUUGCCCGUGUGGAGCUACUUAACACUUUCCCACAGUUUUCAACUAAAUGUGUUAAAUGACCUUGCCAACAAUAUGGAUGAUUUGAAGAUAAACACUGAGGUUACUGGUGCUAAAGGAGAGCUCCAAGAUGACAAUUUCAUCUCAGAGAAAGACAGUGGUGUUCAUAAACCAAAAGAUUGCCAGACAUUUCAGAAGAACAGUGCAUUGACUCUGUCUGAAGAAUUGUCAGAGGCUCAAUCAGAACAAGCCUUAAGUGGAGUCCAGUCUGCUCUGUUUAUCCCUGCCGGCACUGCUGCUGUUCCUAGUGAAAACUUUACCGUGCCCACAGGGGCUGUUGCUAAUGGACCAGUUUCUCGCUCCUCCUCAACAAAGACUUGCAGUAUGAGUGAGGGCAGUGCUUCCCUAACCUCUGAACAGUCCACGGAGCAGCUAGCAACAGAAUCUUGCUCAACUCUGAAGUCAGUAGCUGACCGUCAGCUGUCGACACCACCAAAAGCCAGCCAGCACCAAGUUCUCUUUCUGUUAUCAGAUGCAGCGCAUACGAAGAGUCCGACCCAUUCCAUUACGAAACUGCCUACCUCUGCUUUAGUCGGUCAUGAUGGUCAGAAUCCAGUAGGGAAUAGCUUGAAGUCAGAGAGCACUUUACUAAGUCAAGCAGAGGUGGGCGGGGGUGACGCCGCGGCUGCGGUGGUCAGAGACGACCGCGUCAACGCGUUAGCAGCGAUUUCCUCAGGGACAGACAAAUUUAGGUCAGAAAAUGAUACAAACUGGGACCCCCAAAAAGAGUUCAUUCAGUUUCUUAUGACGAGCGAAGAGGCCGUGGACAAGUCCCCAGCUCAUUCUAAAGUAGUGGGUCUAGAAAAGAAGAGGAAGAGAAAGAUGGACGUGAGCAAAAUCACUCGCUACACGGAGGACUGCGGUGGUGACUUGGGCCGCGCCCCCGGGAAGUCAAAAGUGCUGCAGGCUGACUUUCUAGGGCAAAGUGAGGAGACACAGGCCAUAGACUCACAGAGCUACACAUUGCCAAACAUGAAACCUGAGUCAGCUGACGGAGACCUGGAGACUGUGGAUCCUUUUCAGCAUCUAGUUUAUAGCUCAGAUAAAUGUGGGGAGGGUAAUUCACCUGUUCACACUCGCACUUUAGUUUCAAAUAGCGUAAAGAAGAAAUGUGAAGAGAGUGAUUCGGAGUCACCUGUCACUUUCAGUACUGAAGAGCCAUCCUUCUACCCCUGUACAAAGUGCAAUGUGAACUUUAGGGAGAAAAAGCAUCUCCACAGGCAUAUGAUGUAUCAUUUAGAUGGGAAUAGUCACUUUCGCCACCUUAACGUCCCCAGGCCAUAUGCUUGUAGAGAAUGUGGACGGACCUUUCGAGAUCGUAAUUCACUGCUAAAACAUAUGAUCAUUCACCAAGAAAGACGGCAGAAGCUGAUGGAGGAGAUCCGUGAGUUGAAAGAGCUCCAAGAUGAAGGCAGAAGUGCCCGUCUGCAGUGCCCUCAGUGUGUGUUUGGUACCAAUUGUCCUAAGACGUUUGUGCAGCACGCUAAAACCCACGAGAAAGACAAACGGUACUACUGCUGUGAGGAGUGCAACUUCAUGGCCGUGACAGAGAGUGAGCUGGAAUGUCAUCGAGGCACUGCCCACGGGGCGGCCGUCAAGUGCCCUGUCGUCAGUUCAGAAGUAAGCCAGAGAAAAACACAAAAAAAGACCGUGAAAGACUCUGUUACAGGAUCGUCCAGGAAGCCAGCUCCAUACCUGUGUAAGAUGUGCCCCUUUACGACUUCAGCCAGAAGCAUUCUGAAGAAGCACAUGGAGUAUUUGCAUUCCUCGCCGUGCAUGGAUUCCUUUGGUAAUCCUCUUGGACUUGACAAAAGAAAAAGUGACAGCCUUGAGGAGUCCGUGGAUGUCGACAGCACCAAGUCAUUAGCUAAACAGCAGUCCAGUACGUUUCCAAAGAACUCUGCUUUAAAACAGGAUGCUAAGCGCACAUUCGGAUCCAGCCCACAGUCAAGUACUUUUUCAAAAUUUCACAAGCGGCCACAUCGAGUACAGAAGGCCCGGAAAAGCAUUGCCCAGUCUGGUGUAAAUGCAUGCAGUCAGAGCAGGUCUCCUCAUAAGAACGUUAUGAUUAAAAACAGCACUGACCAAAAACCAAAGUAUUUCCAUCAGGCCCCAAGAGAAAAACCCAACGCCAAGGCAGACGGCGGUUAUUUAUAUAGAUACAAGUGUGACGACUACCGGACGGUCAGAAAGUCAGGUGAUUCAUACCCACUUCCUCUCAAAAAAGAGGUUAGCACAUUAAACUCUUUACAUCUGUUUUCAUCAAGUAAUUCUCAUAAUAAUUUUAUUUCAGACCCUCAUAACCCAGAUGCCAAAAGGCCAGAAAACGAGAAAGACCACAAGCGUGUAGCUGUGAAAAGAGUACUUAAGGCUUCAAAGGAAAGCUCUGGUGGAGAGGACUUGGAUAGCUAUCCCGACUUUCUGCAUAAAAUGACUGUUGUUGUUUUGCAGAAGCUUCAUUCUGAUAAGAACGAUAGCUAUGAGACAGAAGAUGACAGUCCCUGGGAUAACGUGGAGCUAGGUGACUACAGAGCGCAGGCCAUGGAGGAAGAUGCCUACGGUGACCUUACUGAAGAGCACGUAAACUUACUGCCCCUAUUGAAAAGCAAGAUGGAAGGCCAGGGCCCUGGAGACAGUGCUGCCCUGAGUUACGAUCAGAGUGACGGCUUCUACUUUGAGUAUUACGAAGACGGUGGCACUAACAACUUCUUACAGGAUCUACAUGAUCCUCCGCAUUUGGAAAACUCAGACACGCCUUUGUCCAAGCAUAGUUCUGUUUUUCAUUGGACUGAUUUGUCUCUGGAGAAGAAGUCAUGUCCUUACUGCCCAGCAACAUUUGAAACCGGUGUUGGGCUGUCAAAUCACGUCCGCGGACAUCUUCACAGAGCAGGAUUAAGCUACGAAGCCCGUCAUGUUGUGUCACCAGAACAAAUAGCCACAAGUGACAAGAUGCAGCAUUUCAAAAGAACUGGCACAGGGACGCCCGUGAAACGAGUUAGAAAAGCUAUAGAGAAGUCUGAGACUACUUCCGAACAUACUUGUCAGCUCUGUGGUGGUUGGUUUGACACAAAGAUUGGGUUAUCAAAUCAUGUCAGAGGCCAUCUGAAAAGACUUGGGAAAACUAAGUGGGAUGCUCACAAGUCCCCCAUCUGUGUUCUGAACGAGAUGAUGCAGAACGAAGAGAAGUAUGAAAAGAUCCUGAAGGCGCUCAGCAGCCGCCGCAUUAUCCCCAGACCAUUCGUAGCUCAGAAACUCUCCUCAGAUGAUGACUUCCUUUCUCACAAUGUCUUACCUCUUGAUGAAUACCACAAUGGCCUAAAGACAGAGGCUCUCUCAGUGUCUGCAUCAGAGGAAGAAGGGCUGAAUUUCUUAAAUGAGUGUGAUGAAACAAAGCCUGACCUGCCCAGUGGGAAAAAGAACCAGUCUCUCACACUGAUAGAGCUCCUUAAAAGUAGGAGGAUAGGAGAAGAAAGGAACUCGGCUCUGUCUCCUCACAAGAUCCAUAACCAGACAGCAAGAAAGAGAUUUGUUCAGAAAUGUGUUCUUCCAUUAAACGAAGACAGUCCGUUGAUCUAUCAGCCACACAAAAUGGACUUGACUGUGCACUCAGCCAUAGAUUGUAAGCAGAAGAAAUCAAGGUCAAGAUCUGGAAGCAAGAAGAAAAUGCUAACGUUACCUCAUGGUGCUGACGAGGUUUACAUUCUCCGAUGCAGGUUUUGUGGCCUAGUCUUUCGGGGACCAUUGUCUGUUCAGGAGGACUGGAUUAAGCACUUACAGCGGCACAUUGUAAACGCUAACCUUCCACGGACUGGAGCUGGCAUGGUGGAAGUCACAUCACUACUUAAAAAGCCUGCCUCUAUCACAGAAACGUCGUUUUCCUUACUGAUGGCAGAAGCAGCAUCAUAGAACCAGGAAUCCUUUUCAGUAGCAUAUUCCAUUGGAUGUAAAUUUAAAAUUUGUCUUUUUUUUUUUUUUUUUUUUUGGUAAGCCACAUGAAAGUAUCCAUUUAUAAAUACUAAAGUAGGAAAAAUGGGGGACCCUAAAUUAGAGUGGUAUCAGAGCAAACAAUACUUAAGACAGACAGUAAGUAGUCUGUAUGUUUUAUAUAGGGUGGGAAUGUGUUUAAGGUUUACUAGGUUUUGUUGGCUGAGUUUUCUCAGCUGAAGGUCCUACAUCUGAGAGCCAUCUGUAAAGUGUUGCACAUGAAUCCUUACAGACAGACAGACUUACUGAAAGAUUAUGUUCUCUGCAGUGUUACCAGAAUCAAGGCUCUGGUUUUUCCCCACACUUACAUAGAAAAAUAAGAUAUUAUAUUUUGUUGGUAUGUAUUUAGUGUUUUGUAUAAUACCAGGAACUGCUAACUAAAUUUACUCAACUUAGGGCAUUAAAUAUCAUGUACUUCAUAGUUUGAGACUGUUCCCCCGAAUAGGGCAGAGUAUUCUAUUCUAUCUAGAUGUGUAAGUGUUUUUGUUUUUUUUUAAUCAUAAUGGAACGGUUUUUUUUUAAUAUAUAUAUAUACAUAUAUAUAUAUACUAAAAAGUCGGAGGGAGAUUUGUUUAAACGAGUAUUUCUAAGAGAAAUAUUGUACAUAGUCUUGGCGAUUACUUGUGGUAAGGAAAUGUCCUUUAAUCCAGUUGCAUUUCUCAGACAAUGAAGUGGUGCGCCCUGCUACCUCCUACUUUGUCAACAAAGAUGCUAUUAUUACCCUCUCCAUUUUGUACCAUAAUAGAUUUUAAAAAUCUAAUGUUCUUUAUUGCAAGACAUGCUUUUGUUAACUGAUUUGUUUCUUUGUAACAUUUUACGUACAGUUUGACAUGCUCACAGGACAGGGUUGUCUGUUUAUUUAACAUUGUAGAUGUGUAAUUAAUAAACAAGGCUCACUACACGAUUUAGAGUAGGCUUCCUCAUUUAUGUUCUCUUCCAAAUUCGAUCAGUUAGCAAAACUAUUAAUACACAAAAUAUUUCUACAUAUGAUGAGAAUGUUUACAAUUUCAGUUUAGAGCUUGUUUUGGAUGUGAUUAUCUAUGUAUGAAAAUUGUGUAACACUAUGCUCAUGCUAAGACCGACAUAACGGAGUUUACUGAAGUAAAUGUGCUGUGAGGAAUGCACAGUGUGGUGCAGGUGUCUUGGUCAUGGGAACCUGUGACGAUUCCCUCGAUCACUGUCCAAAGCAGCUGCUCCUUCCUCUACAACGAGCGCCGCUUACAAACAGCAGUUUGUGUGCACGCGCCGUCCAGCCAUUCCACGGAGUUGCUGAUGUGGCUGCACCAAGGCUCUGCAUUCGUACUUUUCAUCAUCUGUAAAUACAUCCGGACAGUUACAUGGAGGAGUGCUUGGUGUCGAGUAGUACAUACCUCACUGCCAGUGAGACUGCUUUCCUAUGGUAUAUCUCCUUGCCAGAAAUCACUAAAUAAAGACUUCAAGAAUUA